GAGGGUCAGACAGCAAUAAAGGAAAAAGCAAAAAAUGGAAAAAACUUUUACAAUUUCCACAUAUAUCACAAUGUCUAGAUUUAAAAAGCAAAUUAGGAACAGUACCAAGUAGAAUUAGAUGAGAAGAGACAAGAGGCUGCACAUACCAUAUUUAACAAAUAUCUUCAAAAAGCUUUUAUGGAAUGGCAGAUUUUGGGAAUUUUGAACGAGUCCUUAGUGGAAACAUGCAAGGAGAACCUGAGCAGAGACACAGCGGAGAAGGACCUCUUCCAAGGAUGCGUUGCCGACGUAAAGCUCUUCCUGGCUAAUGAACCUUUCAAGGAAUUUGAGGCUUCCAUGUACUUCCACAGAUAUCUACAAUGGAAAUGGCUAGAAAGUCAACCAGUAACAUACAAGACCUUCAGAAUGUACAGGGUUCUAGGGAAAGGAGGCUUUGGGGAGGUGUGUGCGUGUCAAGUAAGAGCAACAGGGAAGAUGUAUGCGUGCAAGAAAUUAGAGAAGAAGAGAAUAAAGAAGCGAAAAGGAGAAGCAAUGGUGCUUAUAGAGAAGCAAAUUCUUCAGAAGAUUAAUUCCAGAUUUGUUGUAAAUGUAAGAUACAGCUAUGUAGUGGACCAACAGCCUAUAGGAAGACUGCUAUUUAGGCAGUUUUGUGAAUGUGUAAAGCCAAUGUACCACAAGUACAAUAAAUUCCUAGAUGACGUUGUAAGUCCUACUUGCCCCUCUGUAUCUUAG